AUGAGGAUGAACGCCGAGGUUCUUCGCAGCUUUAUCGAUCACUUUAUCAUAGAAUAUGGUGGAAAUGUGAAGCAAAGAUACCUGCAAAGCCCGAAUUUUGAGCGAAUUUUGGUAAGAAAAGACGAAUUUUAAAAAGAUAUAAAUAUAUUAACUAUGACUAACUAUGACAUUAGCGACUAAACCAAAAGUUCCGCUGGUUAUUACUUUCACAAUUCAACUACUUUGUUGUUCAAUGUGAGGAAAAUUGGGAGGGCAAAGUGUUCGAAGUCACCGUGAUGAAAAAGAAAGCCAAAGAUGAAGCGCCGGAGAUGUUCGGAGUCCAACACAAAUGCCCGUAUGAUGUGCUUUUGUACGCAUCGUAUAUCACCACGUUAGAUCUGCGAACUUACAGGGGACCUUUGGUGGCUGACGACGAGGCUAGGCAGGAAAUUAAGAGAAUGAAGGGCGAGUUGAAAGAAAAUUUUUUAAAGUCGUAUUUUAAUUUCUCUUCAGGCGAAGAAAAGGCCAUCAAAUUGUGGAAUGAGACGAAAGAAGUGAUGGUCCGGCUAGCGGAGCUAAUCAAAGAGUGA